GGGUGCAGGAGAAGAGCCCUUGCUGCCCAGGCACCGGAGCUGCUGGCUUAGCCUCGGGGGGGAUGGCGAGCCGAACAGGGCUGAACACCACAGACAGCCUAGAGCCACUCUCCAUCCCUGAGCAGUCCAUCGCCCAGGAGGUGGUGGGCCUCCUCUGCAUGGUCCUGCUCACCCUCACUGCCCUGGUGGCCAACACUGUGGUGAUGAUCGUCAUUCUCAAAACCCCCCUUCUCAGGAAGUUCAUCUUUGUCUGCCACCUCUGCGUGGUCGACCUCCUCUCUGCCAUUUUCCUCAUGCCCCUGGGGAUCAUCUCCAGCUCCUCCUGCUUCAACAGGGUGAUCUACAGCAUUGCCGAGUGCCAGGCCUUGAUAUUCCUGAAUGUCUGCUUCAUCAGUGCCUCCAUCCUCACCAUCUCCAUCAUCAGUGUGGAGAGGUACUACUACAUCGUCCACCCCAUGAGGUAUGAGGUGAAGAUGACCAUCAGGCUGGCAGUGGCCGGAGUGAUCUUCAUUUGGGUCAAGUCUGUUCUCAUCACUGUCUUGGCACUAGUAGGCUGGCCUCAAGGCAAUGGGGCCACCAGUGCCAGCCGCUGCACAGUCUACUGGAGCCCUGGGGCCCAGAAGAAGGUUUUUGUGAUCAUCUUCAGCAUCGUCUGCUUUGUCUUGCCCACCAUCAUCAUCUUUGCUGUCUACUGCAGUGUCUACCGCGUGGCCCGGAUGGCAUCCCAGCAGCACGUGCCCGUGCCAGCACAGGCAGCUGUGCCGAGACACCGAUCUGAUUCCAUUGCCAGCCAAGUGACCAUCAUCACCACCAGGAACCUGCCGCUGCCCAGGCUGACGCCAGAGCGUUUUUUGGGAAGCAACAAGGCCAUCCUCACCUUGGUCCUCAUUGUGGGACAGUUCUUGUGCUGCUGGCUGCCCUUCUUUGCUUUCCAUUUGCACUCCUCCGUUGUCACUGGCACGGUGGGUGGUGGGCACGGGGAGAUGGUGGUCACCUGGAUUGCCUACUCCUCCUUUGCCAUCAAUCCCUUCUUCUAUCAGAUCCGGGAGGAGCUGGCCCGGCUCCGGCGCAGCUGUCUCAACCGUCCGCUGGGCCAGGAGCUCUGUCUUUCUGUUUCGGAGGCCUCUGUCCAGGAAAACUUCUUGCAAUUCCUCCAGAGAGCGAGUUGCACGCUGGAGACCCACGCCAGCUGCAUCAGCGCCAGCCCCAGGAACAGGUUGGACCAGACCAAGAUGGGCUUCCCCAUCCCAGGUCAAGUUCCUGAAGAGAGCAGCUGA